CCUUGCGCAGCCACUGAAUGGUCCCUGUGGAAAUGGAUGUCCAAGGACCAAAUUUGGAUGCUGGCGCCGAGGACUUGCCCAGGAAGAUCGUGCAUCUCUUGGGACAUCGUCCAUGGUUGUACUUCGUGUCCGGAUAUACUGUCAAUAGGACGAUCGUUAUCAGCAUGCCUAUGAUCGUGUGCUCGGUUCCCAUGGCCCGCUGCGCCUUGUCUCCCUCGGCUGCGGUUCCGAGUGCCACUCCAUAUCCGCACCAGAAUGCUGAACCGUAUCUGCGUCUUUUUCACUGCGACGUGCCUCAUGCGCAAUGCUCAGGGUGCUAUGUAUGCGCUUCGACGAUACGCCGUGCACGAAUGGUACUACUCGAGGGCGUACGUGUCCAGAAAGGCAACUCCAAGCCCACGCAGCAUCGGGCAUGAUGUGCUUGACAGGCCAUGCGGUUUCUUUUCAUGCUGUAGGCUCUCACGCCCAGGCGCAAUCCAUGACGACGCACCGCGCGAACCUCUCGUGCUCACGUUGUGCAGGCCUCGGUGCGGGAGAAGUGCUUCAAGCUCCUCAAUACACCCCAUUAAGGUGUAGCUUCCGUCGUAGUCUGUGACUCUCGAGUCUCAGCUCGACCAAUGGUGGAGACGUGUGCCCAGCUCACGGUUCAUCGACGCAGCAUCCGCACAUCGUGCGUGUGCGACACAUUGCAUGGGUGUUGCUGACUGUUUUGGCUCCCCGAACUUCGCUAGGCGUGAUCGCAUGGACGGCAACGCACAGCGCUUCUUUGUGGUUGUUACUGCCAGCGAGCGGCCUGAUCGACAAGGGACCAGCUGGUUCCUCGGCUGGCUCGACGCGACGACGCUUGUCGGACCGUAUGUCAUUCAAUAUGCAACCCGGCCACGGCUCCCAAACAUCCGAGCAUGAGCUGACUAUUUCGUGAAUACCAACGCAUCCAAGAACCACCCGAGGUCAUUGGAAUCAUAAUGUCGCAAUUCUCCAAAGGCCAGGAUUGUAUCUUCGCCUGUGCGACGUCGACUCGGAUUUGUCGGGCUCAGACCUCCGCACACCAUAUCCAGCUUGGCCGAUCCUUCUCUGAAUGGGUGAUAUGGCCCGGAUCACCUCGACACCGUACGGGUCCUCGAUCCGGGCCGCCACACGGGCCGCCCCACUCCGAUUUCGUUCCAUCUCUUUCACCCAGAAAC